AUGGUGUGGGUAAUUGAAAGGGCAGAAUACUGCAUUGGCACCAUAUACCAGGACAUGAGCUCUAUAAAGUCACACUGUGAGGAUUUACAGGAAACAUUUGACAACAAUCUGACUAUGAUCACCAGAGUCAUACUCUUGGGAUUUCAGGUGUCUCCUUUCUUCCGAAUGGUCCUCUUUAGUUUCUUUCUCCUAAUUUACUGUGUGACAAUGUUUGUGAACCUCCAGAUCAUCGCUCUGGUGUCCUACAGCAAGAACCUCCAAUCUCCAAUGUACUUCUUUCUCACCCAACUCUCCAUAUCAGACAUCCUGCUGAGUACAGAUAUUGUACCAAAUUUUCUAUAUGUUCUACUAAAUAAAUCCGCCACCAUGUCAUUUUCAAGCUGUAUUGCUCAAUUUUAUUUCUUCAUAUCUACAGAAAUUUAUGACUGUGUUCUCCUCACCGUGAUGUCUUAUGAUCGAUUUAUGGCUAUCUGUAACCCUCUACUGUACCACAUUGUCAUGAAACCUACUUUCUGCAUGCAACUGAUUGUUCUUUCAUGGUUACUGAGCAUUUCUGUGUCACUGGUUGAAUUAAUAACAGUGUACAGUUUAUGGUUUUGUGGACCGAACAUUAUUGACCAUUUUUUCUGUGAUAUGGAACCUCUUCUGGACCUCUCUUGUUCUGACAUCUCCAUGGUUAAGUUGGAAAUGAUUGUCUUUUGUAUUCCUAUGAUUAUUUUUCCAUUUGGUUUUAUUAUCAUAUCUUACCUUAAGAUUAUUCACAGCAUUCUAAGAAUUCCAUCCACAACGGGCAGGCAGAAAGCCUUCUCCACGUGCAGUUCUCACCUGACUGUGGUCUCUAUUUUUUAUGGUACACUGUUCAUUAUUUAUGUGCUGCCUACAAGAGGACAGCUAGGGAACCUGAGUAAAAUGUUAUCAUUGUUGUACACUGUGGUCACGCCAUUAUUAAAUCCAGUUAUUUAUAGCUUGAGAAAUAAAGAUAUUAAGACGGCCUUAGCAAAAUCUGUUCAGAGUUUCCAGGCAAUAGAGUGA